GCUCUGCUUGAUCACUAUCGAUUGAAGACACACUGGUCACUGCUGGUGCUGCUCUUGACUGCAGCGACACCAGCCUUUAUUGGCCGCUGGUGCACAGCUCUGGAACUGCUCCAACACCAGCCCGGCCUGGUGGCAUCAUGGGGCUGUUUAAUACGCUGGCCACGGCGCUCGGCCUGCGAAAGCGAGAGGUCAAUGUCAUUGUGGUGGGACUGGAUAACAGCGGCAAGUCGACGAUCCUGAACCACCUGAAGCCGGACCUGGAGCGUGCUGCCGACAUCGUGCCCACCGUCGGCUUCAACGUGGAGCGGUUCAAAGCUCAGAGUUUGGCGUUCACGGCGUUCGACAUGUCCGGCCAGGGCCGCUACCGCAAUCUCUGGGAGCACUACUACCGCGACUGUGACGCUAUCAUCUACGUGGUGGACAGCAGCGACAAGCUGCGCAUGGUGGUGGCCAAGGACGAGCUGGACGCCCUGCUGCAGCAUCCGGACAUCCGACCGCGGCGCAUCCCCCUACUCUUCUUCGCCAACAAGAUGGACCUUAAGGAGGCCAUGAGCUCCGUCAAGGUGACCAUGAUGCUCGGCUUGGAGAAGAUGGAAAACAAGCAGUUCCACAUCUGCGCCAGCAACGCCAUCACUGGCGAGGGUCUCAGCGACGGCAUCGCGUGGCUCACGCAGCAGCUGAAGGACGUCAAAGCAAAGUGAGCGGUCGGCUGCGUGAGUUGACCGUGUCUGGCGAUCGGAGGGGUGUCAGGUGGCGUGCCUAUGCAUCGGAAUGGGGUGUUUUCGUGCUGCUAAUUCUUGAUUGAUCACUCAGCCCAGACGAUGGCGAUAUCAGGCGAUCUGUUUCUCGUAUGAUCUCAUUUUCUAGUCAGGGCGGUGCGUUUUGGUGUGACGUCAACAUUGGUAAGAUGCAUGGGAGGCAUGAUAUUUGACAUUUCUGGCAGCUCCUUCUUGGUAAUCCUGCCGGGUGGCGAUAGAAGCAUGGCCUUGACUCUCAUGCGAGACACUCGCAGCUUACAGUGUGUCUCAGACAGAGCCACUUCACUUCGGUCUCGCGAUGACGUCACGACUCACAAGAGCCCGAUAUGUCACGUAACAGCGUCACACGAUAGUGUUUUUUUUUUUCUGUUGGCUUACCUCUCGAAGCAUUCUUUGUUUCGUGCCUGCUUGUCUUGGACAGAUAGCGCCAGGCGCCAGCUUAUUUAACAAGUCGGUUUUUAUCACACUGCCGUAAUUAUGGAUUUCAUCAUGACUAGUCAUGUCUUUUUCGCUGUGAUAUAUGUCCAAUAUCCGUCCAGACCUGAAUUGUAUUCCGUCCAAGGGCUGCAACACGCCCUGCGUGACGGCGUUCCCCUCGAAUAUGUCACUGUGCGUCACAGUGGAGGUCGUGUAUCUACAUACACUGUACAGUGUAUGUGCUGUGUUCACUUGUCUCAGCCCAUUGCUGGCCCAGCGAGGCGAAGAUAACCACGGGUACAGUUUAGCUGACGUUUCCUCGUGUUGCGAACACCCGGGGCUUUCAGGGUCUCUUCUCGGCACCGUUUGUACUGUUUGUGAGAGUCGCGGCUCGCCUGGCUGCUGCCGCAGUGCCGUCCGUCAUUGUAACUGCACCCGGGCCCGCUGUCGUUGCACCCCGGCCUCUCUGUAAGUGCUGCACCCUUGUCGCUGUUCCAACACCCCGGGUUGGAUUGACUGCACCCCAGAUCUCCAUCCUCCCACGACCUUGGAUCUGCUGUCGCGGGCUGUCGAGGUGUUACGAACGCCCGACUUUAUCUGUUAGGCUGUUGUGAUGGCACAGUGUGGGUCUGAUAAAUUAUGGGCUAAUACACCAGCAUGAGGGACAAA